AUGGAGUGGCCUUCAGAGCCCGCUGCCGCUGAACGGCCUCCAUCAUCCUCGCCCCUCGACCUGUCCGUCGAGAAUGCUGUUAACCAUCACUUUAACGAGUUGAACUUUCUUAUGAGCAGAACUCCAGAGGAUGGAGAGGGCAAUGUUCUUGCCUACGUUACAUUUCCAAAGAACUCAAACGCCAUUGCUUGCAAUGGGAGUGCAUGGCAGACAUUGUGGCUCAGAAUGAGCUUCUCAACACUUGUCGGUCUCAAGUCCAGUAAGAUCAACGCCAUGCUCGACCCCAAACGCCAGGAACGUAUGCGCCGCCGACUACCAAUGGAGACAAUACCUCCUGGGAUUGACUACGUGCUCGACUUCACACCCCCAACUGAAGGUUCAGAGCUGGCCGACCUCACUGCUGCCCUUUGGCUUCCAAAGAUGGUCAAGCUAUGGUUUUUAGCCGGUCAUUAUUGCCCAGAGGAUAUUUUGGAGAGUGGACACACGAUGAGCGUCUGGGAUAAAAGACCCCUUGCCGACAGGUCGGUAAGUGCCAUGCUUGCCCUCGGCCAUGAUGAUGCGUGCAAGAAUCUCUUGCAAUUCUGCUCCAUGGACCGGUCUGAAUGGAAACCAAAGAAUGUCCCUGGUAUCGUCGACGAAUGCCCGGAGAUCCUCGAGGAAUAUCAAAACUAUUUUCCCUCGUUCCGGAAGAUCCCAGACUACUGCCCAAUACGACAUCGGGUUGCUAUCAUGAGGGUGCUUCAUGCUAUCAACGGGAACGGUCUUCUUCUCAACUCAGCUGCACGCAUGUGGACAGUCGCCCAAGUGGCAAUACACCUGGAGGUCACCAAUAUAGUUAUUGAUCCAGUAACACAGUGGCUCAUCGCCCCGCCUAACACGAAAUUCAUUGAAAUAUGCCCCGAAAGAUCCUUCCAGCUUGCGCUCGCCCUCAAAAUCCCCAGUGUUCUCGCUACCGCCUUCAGGAUCCUCGUGAGCGAACUAGCCGUCGAUUAUGCGGUGCCAGAACCCUCGCCGAGACGUCCACCCCUUACCUGGACCCAACGAAGAAGAGAUGACUAUGGCGACUUGCCGUCGGACCCCGUUGAAUAUGCGGCUCGUGCCUUCUUUGAACGCAUAACCGGCAAGAUCGACAUUCUUCGCUCCAACACCGUUUUCGACCGUAUCCGCACCGGUCUCAAUGAAUGGGAUCUUCUAAAAGCGCAGGCCUCGAUUGUCCACGAACAUGGAAGCGAAGAGCUCAAAACUGCCCAUGGAAAGCUCCUCCAAGCCCUUGUUGGCGCCUUCCACAAUAUGGUUCAAAGCUGUCUCCGGAAAAACGCCCCACUCGGCCGUCUCGCUACUCUCAUCGCAGCCCAGCGCGACCAUUACGUACACAAGCAUGAGCGCGACUCACUUGGGCACCUCCUUUCCAACCUGGCCUCAGAAGGCCACUCCGGCAGCGGCACCCUCCCCCUCUCUACCUACAACGGCUAUGCAAUCAAAACUUAUGCCGAAAAAUAUGCCUCUCUCUGGAAAGCCGCAGACCUUCCCCAACUUGAGUUCCAACAAAAGCCCGCCAAGGGAGAGUUCAGGUCCAACCACUUUUCCAAGCAUCUGAAUGAGUUCAACGUCCACCGAUUUGAGGGCGAACUCUUCGUAGCCCUCACCACCUUCUGCGAUGGAGUCCUGGGCAAGAUGUCCAGCGAGGAAUCCUUCCAGUUUUUCCUCUCGGACCACUUGCUUCUCCCCGACCCAACCUCUCCAGAAAUGGAUUUCCUACCUCUCUGGGCCAACGGCUGCGAUGACGGGUCGGGCGGUGUGUUCCAGAACGCUGUUCCCCCGGCGGAAAUGGGACCGAGUGAGCCCGGACCGGCGUAUCAUACUGGGUAUACGAUCCCGACUACGGGGACGAGGACUGCAGGGACGGGAACCCGCGUUGGUGACGGGGAUGACACGACCAUGAUGGACGACGAUGACAGGAUUGGUGGUUCCAUCUAUGGUGUUUCAGAGCUGGGCGACAAUCUCGAUAGGUUCGAAAUCAUCAGCGCCCGCAUUGCAACUACAACGCAAACGGCAACGGUGCAAAGCAUGGAUGCUCAACAAAGCGUAACAACAAGUACUACCGGACUUAGUGGAGUUGGACGACUGAAUCUAGACUCCGGAGGACCGAAUCGCCAUCGGGUUGUAGCGGUACCUUCAGAGAUAUCAUCGGAGGACUUCUCCCUUAACUCUAGGGAAGACGGUGAGUAUGCGGACGCCAUGUAUACGCAGCCGGCGAGGCAUCAGACGGCUGGGAGGGUGUUGGGUAGAUACGUGAAUGGUACUGAUACUACUGCGACUGGGACGAGUGAGAAUGGUAAUGCUUCGUCGUCACGGCAAGGGCAAGACGGUGCAGCAGCAGCGGCACUAGCGAGGCAAAAUGGGUACCCAGAUACGGAUAACUUCAUGCUCGAGGAUGAUGAUGCAGAUGGAGGGUUGAAAGAUCUGGACGAUUCAGAUGAUGGGAGCUCGACGGUGGGGGCGGAUUCGGAUUAUGAUAUGCUCUAG